CUCUCUGCAAAAACCGCUGCCCGGCAAAGCGGGGCGAUGUCGGACACAUGGAGCUCGAUCCAGGCUCACAAGAAGCAGCUGGACUCGCUGCGGGAGCGGCUGCAGCGGAGGAGAAAGCAGGAGCCUUUGGAUCUCAGAAACCCAGAGUUGGCGCUGACCCCUCCCUUCCGAAGCGACAGCCCGGUUCCUUCGUCGGCCACGCCCAGCACUGCCACUGAGCCAGGGGACUUGGUGGCUGACCCCGAGCUUGAGAAAAAGCUCCUGCACCAUCUCUCGGACCUGGGGCUGGCACUGCCCACGGAUGCCUUGUCCAUCUGCCAUGCCAUCUCCACGCCUGAAGCCCCCGCCACGCAGCGGAGCGUGGAGAGCCUCCUGCAGAAGUUCGCAGCCCAGGAACUCAUCGAGGUGAAACGGGGCCUCCUCCAGGACGACGACCAACCCAUGCUGGUCACUUACGCUGACCACUCCAAGCUCUCGGCCAUGAAGGGGGCCGAGGUGGAGAAGAAGGGCCCGGCGGAAGGCGGCGGGGCUGGAGGGGCAAAGCGGCGGGCGGAACAGGAGGCCGGGCUCCCCGCUUCAACAGCCGGGGCAGCGCUCUCGGCCUCAGCAUCCUCCGAGCCUCUCAAAGAGCCCCCCAAGAAGUCUCGCAAGCAGGCCUCCGAUCUGGACCUGGAAAUCGAGAGCUUGCUGAGCCAGCAGUCCACGAAGGAGCAGCAGAGCAAGAAGGUGAGCCAGGAGAUCCUGGAGCUGCUCAACACGACCACGGCCAAGGAGCAGUCCAUUGUGGAGAAGUUCCGCUCGCGGGGCCGUGCCCAAGUGCAGGAGUUCUGCGACUACGGCACGAAGGAGGAGUGCAUGAAGGCCAACGAUGCCGACCGGCCGUGCCGUAAGCUGCAUUUCCGCCGCAUCAUCAACAAGCACACAGAUGAGUCGCUGGGGGACUGCUCCUUCCUCAACACCUGCUUCCACAUGGACACCUGCAAAUACGUGCACUACGAGAUCGACGCUUGCGCUGACCUGGACGCCCCCGGCGGGCGGGAGCUCAGCUCGGGCCAGGAGCUGGCCUUCCCCCAGGCCGUGGGGAGGGACCCCAGUGUGGACCGCCUCUUCCCCCCGCAGUGGAUCUGCUGCGACAUUCGCUACCUGGACGUCAGCAUCUUGGGCAAGUUUGCCGUGGUGAUGGCCGACCCUCCCUGGGACAUACACAUGGAGCUGCCCUACGGAACGCUCACCGAUGACGAGAUGAGGCGCCUCAACAUCCCCGUGCUGCAGGACGAGGGCUUCCUCUUCCUCUGGGUCACCGGCCGGGCCAUGGAGCUGGGCCGAGAGUGCCUCAAUCUUUGGGGGUACGAGCGGGUGGACGAGAUAAUUUGGGUGAAAACCAACCAGCUACAACGCAUCAUCAGGACGGGGCGCACAGGCCAUUGGUUGAACCACGGCAAGGAGCACUGCUUGGUUGGGGUGAAAGGAAACCCCCAGGGCUUCAACCGAGGUCUCGACUGCGAUGUCAUCGUGGCAGAGGUGCGCUCCACCAGCCACAAGCCAGACGAGAUCUAUGGCAUGAUCGAGCGCCUCUCGCCUGGGACGCGCAAGAUUGAGCUCUUUGGACGACCCCACAACGUCCAGCCCAAUUGGAUCACCCUUGGCAACCAGCUAGAUGGAAUCCACUUGCUGGACCCCGAUGUGGUAGCCCAGUUCAAGCAACGGUACCCAGAUGGGAUUAUCUCCAAGCCGAAGAACAUGUAGCUGGGAGGA